AUCGGAGCCGCAAGAGACCAAGGGACCCAAACCUGUCACGGUUGAGGACGAACCGGAGCCCUCCCUAAACAUAUCGGAAAGCCAUACCGAACCGGCUCGUCCCGCAACGUCGACGACUUCUUGUAAUUCGGUUCCUCCGCCGUCUGAGUAUCCUUCCUCAAUUCCAACCCCGGCCCCCGCCGCUUCCGUUGACACAAUCAUUGCUCCUCAACUUCCCGACGAGUUCCCCGAGUUCAUCAAGGAGUGGCGAUCGCGAGGCAUGCCUAGAAUCCAUCUUCGUCGCAAUGGCGAAGGAGAGGAGGUCAUUGACUUCCUUGGCGCGGCAUCUCCGGCUGAGCCAAUGGUUACUUUGGCACCACUCGAUUCAUCAGACAACAGGCUCCCCGCCGACCGACCUCAGUACCGCUUCUCACAAACCGCCUCCAAGCUUUCCUUUUCCGAGCUGAUCCGUCAGGCUCACAACAUGGAGCUUGGCAAGAAGGAGAAGUCAGUUGCGGCACCAACUCCAGUCCAGGAGAAGGUCGAAUCACCCCGAUGCGCAGCACUGAGCGGCCGCAUGCGCCGACCCCUCACGGUAUGCUGCAACAGCUGUGACAGAGCGGUUCCUGAUGCCCACUUUCACUGUUCAACGUGUGACGACGAUGAUUUUGAUCUCUGCCAGGACUGCGUCAGCCAAGGCAUUGCGUGUUAUGAUGAUAACCAUUGGUUGAUCAAGCGGACCAUCAAGGACGGAGAGAUCACCUAUAGCACUACGCACGUGGCACCCAAGACGAGCCGUUCGACCCUCAACAGUCAGAAGACAGCACCCGUUCAGUCACCACCCCAGCCGCAGCCGCAGCUCAACUUACCGUUCAGACCAGCUUUUGAAAACUUCCGCAUCGUGCCGACUCAGUCGGCUCAGCCGACCUGGAAUACUGUUUACCAAGCCCGCACCUGCAACUGUUGCGUUCAAGAGUUCCCUGAGCAGGAAUUCCUGCACUGUACCGAAUGCGAUGAUUAUGAUCUUUGCAAACUCUGCUUCGCCAAGGACAUUCACGGCCAUCACCCUAAGCACGGCUUCACUCCGGCUGCCAAGGAUACGGUGUUGGAGCAAUCCAUAUCCGCACGCCUAAGCCCUGGUCGCAAUGUUGUCCACAACGCCAUCUGUGAUGGCUGUGACAAGUACGUUCGAGGCGUCCGCCACAAGUGCUUGGAUUGCCCUGACUGGGACUACUGUUCCGAGUGCGUGCAGAACGCUAGCUUUAUUCACCCGAAUCAUCGUUUUGUCGCCGUGUAUGAGCCCAUUAUCGACCGGACUUUCCGGUCUAUUAACCGCUCUGUCCACACGGGCAUCUGCUGCGAUGGCCCCCUCUGCACCAGCACCAGCAAGCGAAGCGGUCCCAAGUACAUCGUUGGUGAACGCUACAAGUGCGCGGUCUGCCACGACACUGACUUCUGCGAGAAUUGUGAAGCCAGCCCUGCUAAUACACACAACAAGACCCAUCCUUUGAUCAAGUUCAGAACUCCCGUGCGACACGUCAGUGUAACCACGACCGGCGAGCACGUGGAUGGACAAGUUUUGCCGGCCAUGGGCGACCGCAGUCCUCGCCAACGGACGAGCCAUAGAUCUACCGAAACUGAGUCCGUUCCUUCGCUUCGAGAUACCAUUGCCGUCAACUCAGUCCAGACUGUUGUUGACGUCAAGCCCGAGCCUCAACAGCCUGCUGACACAACCGAGGCCGAGCCUGAAGUGGAGAAGGAGGUCCUCAAGCCCACCGUCGAGGUACCCACUCCCGACUUGAUUGCCAUUUUCAAGCAUGAUACCGUCUUGGAUGGUACCGUCAUGCCCCCUAAUCACACUUUUGAGCAAACAUGGGUUCUGAAGAACGAAGGUCGUGCGGCCUGGCCAGCUGGUUGCAAAGUUAAGUUUGUCGGUGGUGAUUGGAUGGGCGCGGUUGACCCUACCCAUCCUGCUGGACUCCACGAACUUGUUUCUGCAUCCGAGUCAACCGUGUGCUACAACCAGCUCCAGCCUGGUCAAGAAUUUCCUUUCACCGUUUUGAUGCGAACACCUGAUCACGAAGGCACUUUUAUCUCUCAUUGGCGUCUAACCACGAGCGAUGGCGUCAAGUUCGGUCACAAGCUCUGGUGCGAGGUCAAGGUCCAGGCCGCCCCCAAGGUCAAGGAAGCGGCUAUCCUCGAUUCCAAAGUCCCCGACAUGGGCAAAAGCCAGAUGAUCAUUCCUAAGCUUGACCACGAGUCCCCUGCCGCCAGUAUGUAUGUACACAAGACUGAGCCCGAAGCUGAGUUGGAGACAACGGAGACAACGGAGACAACGGAGACGGAUACUCUGGCACUCUCGAACCGGGACAACGAAGAUGAGUAUGAGGAUUGUGCUGAAGACGAUGCGUGGGCUGAGGAGUCUGACGAUGGCUUCAUGACGGACGAAGAAUACGAUAUUCUCGACGCGUCGGACGAGGAAUACCUCUCGGAGCUGCAGAACAAGGUCUCUAAGAAGUAGCGAUUCUUUUAGACUUAUUCUGCCGUCUCUUCAAGACGACGAAUCUGCUGCAGCAGCUCCGUGAUGGACUGUCUGGCUGGAAUAUUCCUUGGAUUACUCCAUUGGCCCAAUUCUGUUGCAAGUGCAGACAACAUCACUAUGCAUGGGCUGCAGCGUGUGCUAUUAUUUUUACCAUUUGUAUUUGGCUGGCGGAGUCCGGAAUGAAUUUCCUAAAUGAAUUUGCGUUGUCUUCCCAUACCGACAGACGUGGAUUACGUCCUUCCCCCAAUCUCACCACGAUACGCUCACUUGUCAAACACAACCAGAUUGCUUUUCGAUGUGCGGUAAGGCAUACAUUAGCCUAGUAGGGCUUGCGAGGUAGUUCAGGUACAUGAAAUCAAGUCGUUUCCGAA